CGCCCUGGUUGCCAGCACUUCCAGCCGCUCCGCUUCCAGAGCCGCCCCGAGGGCCCAGGUCCGGGGCCACGAUGCCCGCCCUGCACAUCGAAGAUCUGCCAGAAAAGGAAAAGCUGAAGAUGGAAGUUGAGCAACUUCGCAAAGAAGUGAAGUUGCAGAGACAGCAGGUGUCUAAAUGUUCCGAAGAAAUAAAAAACUACAUUGAAGAACGUUCUGGGGAGGAUCCUCUGGUGAAAGGAAUUCCAGAAGACAAGAACCCCUUUAAAGAGAAAGGCAGCUGCAUUAUUUCCUAAAUAGCCCCGGGGAGCAGCUCUGUCCUCCGUGGAAGAACUAGCUUGUUUUAGUUUUCCGAAAUAAAACCGAUGUGCCUCUUAAAGGAGGCAAAACGAAAUUGAAAGCGGACUUGCUCGAGCACUUACCUAGACACGGUUUUGUAUAUCUCGUCUUGGCUCGCUACUUGCCCUCCUGAAGAGGACAGAGAGUGUCACCUGGACAGUGAUGGAGAUUAGGACGUUACCUGUGCAUGGCUCACCUCUUUCAGUAUAUUGCUUGAUGCCUCAAAUAAAGUGCUAUCUCUGGAAAAUGA